UGGUGUGACAUGACUAAUUACUUUCAGUGGCUUAUAAUCACUGGCCGGACAAUUCAUUUUGGAUACUAAUCCAGUAUUAAUGGCCAUGGUUAUAUUUACAGUGAAUAAUGUGUGGAGCAAAACAGUAAAUGAAAAUGACUGUAAUAACAGUUUUAAAGAUUGUCUCUAAUCGUGAAACCCUCGCCCGGAGUGAUGGAUGAGAUCGAGUUAAUACUCAAUACGGAUAUCAAGGCAUUUACUAGCGAUCAGAUGUCUAUGGUUUUGAAGCGCUUGGAGUUACUGUUGAGUGGCACCGAUGGGCAGCCUAUUAAAGUGCAAUUAAUUAAAUUGGAUACCACCACUCAUUCGCGCCGAGUAAUUCUAAUAUUUACGGUCAUCAACGGCAACACAAAUAAAUGCCUUCCGGGCCUAACAGUAGUGAAGCAAUUGAAACAAAAACUCAAAACCGAUUCUAGUCUUAUAACACCGGAAGUCAUUUCAUUGGAGACAAUGGUUUGUCAGAACGAGUGCUCAAAUCACGGUUCGUGCGAUCAGUACAGCAAACGGUGUUUAUGUGAAGCCUUUUGGAUGGAAGACCUCUUUCGCUACCAUUUGGGGGAUCGGGAGAGCAAUUGCGGCAAACGUCCGGUGCCCACAAAGUCCAGGCGCUAUCGAAAGUCCAAUCGGAACCGGUAUACCCUUCUGGAGGACGGUGACGACCACUUUACGGGCGCCGACCGGAUAGAGCUGUUGGCCAACAAUAACUUCAAAGAACUGAACUCAAGGAACGCCUACCUGUCAGCCGACGACGACUCCCUAUCUGAUACACUGUUCGCAAACACUAACCAUAAUUUACUUAAUAAUAAACUCAAUUCACAGUCCAAUGAGCUCCAGAAGCGGCACCAGAAGUCACUCAAUGGUCUGAUAUCUGAGCGAAAAGUUAGGGCUUAA